AUGUGUCCCGGGGUUUCCACGGGCUGUGACACUGAUCUUGCCCAGCAGCAGCCAGUGAGACUGGAGCAGCCAACGUCAUUGGCUGAGGUCAGUUUCCCGGGGGUGCUGUUGCAGCUGUUGUUGGGAAAACUUGCUGAUGACUUCCAAGCUAGGAGCUGUGAAGAUGACUUAUGUCACCCCUCGUGCCAGAGAAAUCGCAUCUCCAUCACAUAUUGUGAGCAAGAGAAUUUUAAAAUGAAGAUGGAAAAAGGAGUCACUUUUCAUACCAGGUAUUGGAACCAGGCCUGCGACCAAAAGCCAUGUGCAACGCACAGGUGCCCUCAGAGAGUGGAGCAGGAACCUCCCACCUUGUGCUGCUCCAGGGCCCCUUACCCUGGGCCUCUUUCACCCCACUCAGAGGAGCGCCUCUGCCAGUUUCCAGGAAGACUCGACUCGGCCCUCAGGCUAGUGGUGGAGCUGACUGGACACUUGCUGUCAAGCCAUGUGUUGACGUGGAAAAGGACAAUUGGGUGCCAGCAGGAGGGCAUGAAGCCCGUGGGACAGGAGCAGAGGGCCAUGGGACCACAGGCAGGGUCCGCUGGGGGAGGCAAUAGAGACAGUUCAGAUGCUGGUGGACAGGCUACUGUAUCAGACAGGAUGUGCCUUCAAAGCCAAGUCUCCCCGGGGCUUCCCAUGUACCCUUGGAGUUGCCAGACUUGUGUGACUUUGGAGGACUCAGACUCUCCAUCCCAGCACUUUGAUCAGACUGGUGAAUAUGUGGAAGAUGGUGGAGUGGAGACCCCACGGAUCAUCAUGAAAGUGAACUGCAGUACAUUAAAGCUGGCAUUCUGGGAACGUCCAGCGGGAUCAGCUCUUGCCAGUCUCACUAACCAAAGUCUCUUUACCAGGGAAGAGAAGAAGUAUGUCAGCCGGUUCUGGAAGGACAUCUGCGUAGGAGACUUUGUGUGUCUCCGCUGCAACGAGAUUAUCCCUGCAGACAUCCUGCUGCUCUCCUCCAGCGACCCCGAUGGGCUGUGCCACAUUGAGACCGCCAACCUGGACGGAGAGACCAACCUGAAGCGGCGGCAGGUUGUCCGCGGCUUCUCAGAGCUUGUCUCCAAGUUCAACCCUCUGACGUUCACCAGCGUCAUCGAGUGUGAGAAGCCCAACAAUGACCUGACUAGGUUCCGGGGCUGCAUCAUCCAUGACAACGGGAAGAAGGCGGGCCUGUCCAAGGAGAACCUGCUGCUGCGGGGCUGCACCGUCAGGAACACGGAGGCCGUGGUUGGCAUCGUCAUCUACGCAGGACAUGAAACCAAAGCUCUGCUGAACAACAGCGGGCCCCGCUACAAACGCAGCCAGCUUGAGAGGCAGAUGAACUGCGAUGUGCUCUGGUGUGUCCUUCUCCUCGUUUGUAUGUCUCUGUUUUCAGCGGUCGGACAUGGAUUGUGGGCACAACAGUAUCAAGAGAAGAAAUCAUUAUUUGAUGUCCCUGAGUCUGACGGAAGCUCUUUGUCCCCAGUCACAGCUGCGGUUUACUCAUUUUUGACAAUGAUCAUAGUUCUGCAGGUUUUGAUCCCAAUUUCCUUAUAUGUUUCUAUUGAAAUUGUUAAAGUGUGCCAAGUGUACUUCAUUAACCAAGAUAUAGAGUUGUACGAUGAAGAAACAGACUCACAGCUGCAGUGCCGAGCUCUGAACAUCACAGAAGACUUAGGGCAGAUACAGUACAUCUUCUCAGAUAAAACUGGCACGUUAACUGAGAAUAAGAUGGUCUUCCGGAGAUGCACUGUGUCUGGUGUAGAAUAUUCUCAUGACGCAAAUGCCCAGCGUCUGGCCAAGUACCAGGAGGUAGACUCAGAGGAGGAGGAGGUGGUGCCCAAAGGGGGCUCAGUGUCCCAGCGCGGCAGUAUCGGGAGCCACCAGAGUGUCCGGGUAAUCCACAGAACUCAGAGCACCAAGUCCCACCGGCGCACGGGCAGCCGGGCUGAGGCCAAGAGGGCCAGCAUGCUAUCCAAGCACACAGCCUUCAGCAGCCCCAUGGAGAAGGACAUCAUGCCUGACCCCAAGCUGCUGGAGAAGGUGAUCGAGUGUGACAGGUACCUGGCUGUGGCGAGGCACCAGGAGUGCCCACUGGCCCACCUCUCUCCGGAGCUGUCUGACAUCUUCGACUUCUUCAUUGCACUCACCAUCUGCAACACAGUAGUGGUCACAUCCCCGGAUCAGCCGCGACAAAAGGUGAGGGUGAGAUUUGAGCUGAAGUCCCCCGUGAAGACCAUAGAGGACUUCCUGCGCAAGUUCACCUCCAGCCGCCUGGCCUCUGGCUGCAGCAACAUUGGGAGCCUGGCCACCAGCAACAAAUCCAACCACAAGAUGGGACCUGACUUCCUGUCCACCCUGCCCAGCGACAGCACGCUCCCUGGGCUGGAGGAGAGACGGGGCCAGCCCACCCCGACCGUCGCCAGCAACGGCUUCAGCAGCCGGGCCGAUGGCUGGGCCCCGGGGCGUGCCCGGGAGCUGCAGCCUGAGCGAGAGCUGUGGUACGAGGCAGAGAGCCCCGAUGAGGCAGCACUGGUGUACGCAGCCCGGGCCUACAACUGCACGCUCGUGGACCGGCUGCACGACCAGGUGUCUGUGGAGCUGCCCCACCUGGGCAGGCUCACCUUCGAGCUCCUGCACACGCUAGGCUUCGACUCCAUCCGCAAGAGGAUGUCAGUGGUGAUCCGGCACCCACUCACCGAUGAGAUCAGCGUCUACACCAAGGGGGCUGACUCGGUGGUCAUGGAUCUCCUGCUGCCCUGCUCCUCAGAUGACGCCAGAGGACAGCAUCAACAAAAGAUCCGAAGCAAAACUCAGAAUUACCUCAACCUGUAUGCGAUGGAAGGCCUGCGCACCCUGUGCAUUGCCAAGAGGGUUCUAACCAAAGAAGAGUACGCCUGCUGGUUGCAAAGCCACUUGGAAGCAGAAUCAUCCUUGGACAACCGCGAGGAGCUGCUCUUCCAGUCUGCCAUUCGCCUGGAGACGAACCUGCAUCUGCUGGGUGCCACUGGGAUUGAAGACCGCCUGCAAGAUGGUGUCCCCGAAACCAUUGCUAAGCUGCGUCAAGCAGGCCUACAGAUUUGGGUUCUCACUGGUGACAAACAAGAAACAGCCAUCAACAUUGCCUAUGCCUGCAAACUGCUGGACCAAGACGAGGAGGCCCUCACCCUGAAUGCUGAGUCCCAGGAGGCAUGUGCGGCCCUGCUGGACCAGUACCUGUGCUACGUGCAGUCCAGAGGCCCAUGUGGUGCUCCAGAGAUGACCGAGGACAAAGCAAGCAUGGGGUUCUCCUUUCUCUGCUCACCCUCCAUGUCCGCAGUGCCUGGACCCAGGUUCAGCCUCGUGAUCGAUGGGAGAAGCUUGGCCUAUGCCCUGGAGGGGAACUUGGAGGACAAGUUUCUCUUCCUCGCCAAGCAGUGCCGCUCCGUCCUCUGCUGCCGGUCAACACCCCUGCAGAAGAGCAUGGUGGUGAAGCUGGUCAGGAGCAAGCUCAAGGCCAUGACCCUGGCAAUAGGUGAUGGAGCCAAUGAUGUCAGCAUGAUCCAGAUGGCAGAUGUGGGCGUGGGGAUCUCAGGCCAGGAAGGGAUGCAGGCAGUGAUGGCCAGCGACUUUGCGGUGCCGAGGUUCCGACACCUGGAGAGGCUCCUGAUUGUUCACGGACACUGGUGCUAUUCCCGUCUUGCCAACAUGGUGCUUUACUUCUUCUACAAAAACACAAUGUUCGUGGGCCUCUUGUUUUGGUUCCAGUUUUACUGUGGCUUCUCUGCAUCCACCAUGAUUGACCAGUGGUAUCUAAUCUUCUUUAAUCUGCUCUUCUCAUCGCUUCCCCAGCUCGUGACUGGGGUGCUGGACAAGGACGUGCCAGCCAACGUGCUGCUGACCAAGCCACAGCUCUACAGGAGUGGCCAGAACAUGGAGGAAUACCGGCCGCACACGUUCUGGUUAAACAUGGCCGAUGCCGCCUUCCAAAGCCUGGUCUGCUUUUUCAUUCCUUACCUGGUCUACUAUGACUCAGACGUGGAUCUGUUCACCUGGGGGACGCCCGUCACGGCCAUCGCGCUGCUCACCUUCCUAGUGCAUCUUGGCAUUGAGACCAAAACCUGGACCUGGCUCAACUGGAUAACCUGUGGCUUCAGUAUCCUUUUAUUUUCCACGGUGGCUUUGAUUUACAAUGCUUCUUGUGCGACGUGCUAUCCUCCAUCUAACCCUUAUUGGACUAUGCAAACCUUACUGGGUGACCCUGUGUUUUACUUGACUUGCCUCCUAACGCCUGUCGCUGCACUGCUGCCCAGGUUAUUUUUCAAAUCCCUCCAGGGGAGCCUGUUCCCCACCCAACUUCAGCUGGGACGACAGUCGGCCAAGGAGUCCCCCAGGAAACUCAGCACCCCCAAAGAGACCUUCACUCAGGGACACCUUCCAGGAGACCUGAGAACGGAGCACUCAGAAGGGAGGACCGUCGGGGCCUCUGUGUCCCUGUCCCAGGACUGUGCCUCCCAGGGCUCUUGGCACACACAGCAACCUGCCUGCCCCUCAGAGGCCAGCGGGGAGUCCAGCGUGGUGAACACAAGUGUGCCGCGGUGGGAGGACGCCCUGCUGGAGGGGCUGAGCACACAAGCCCCGGGGUCCUCCUUGCCGGGGGUGGCUGCUCGGGAAGAGUAUCCUGAGGAGUCCAGGAUGAAACCUGGCAGUGCCAGCCGGACAGCGCCCCUGCCGUCCCUCUUCCCCCUGCCGCACUUCAGCUCCCUCAACUGGAUCUCCUCCCUGUCGCUGGUCAGCGGGCUGGGCAGUGUCCUGCGGUUCUCAGAGCAGCUUGCGGGGAGACAAGCGGGACGUGGAGCUCCCAGCCGGGCCCCCCCAGGCAGAUGGGGACACAAGGGGACACACCACAGACUACUUCUAGGAGCCCUUCGAGGCUGUGCCCUGGCUGCAGUCGCCAUUGAAAACCUUGAAAUGGCCUUUUUCUAUAUAGCAUAGAUGUUAAUAUUAUUUAUGUUUAUUAUUUGCACAGAAGCAUUCUAGGGAGAUGUAUUUUUAAAUGUUUUCAAGGCUAACAUAGGAAACGAGGUACCAAAAAAAGAAAAUUUAUUUUUUAAAGUUCUAAGUAGAGUAUAUUGAAAAGAAAAAUAAGAGCUUUAAAGUAUAUCCAAGUUUAAAGAGGGACACUUGAAAAGUGUGUUUAGAUUUAUUUUUUCAUCUCAUUUUGUAAGAAGAUACAGUGUUAUUUGUCUUCAACACGCAUGACCCUUGCUUUCCCUGACUAUAAACGUGGCUUAAACAGCAGGCGUGCACACGGGUGGCAGCCAGCAGGGAGAUGAGGUGGGGGGCAGAGGCGGAUUGCACUGGCUUCCAGUUCCACCCACAGGAGGCUGGGCUCCACCUUGCCCCCAGGAGGGAGAGUGAGGCCCCAAGAAAAGUUCAUGAAGUUCAUUCCAGUGUCCAGUUCUGCCCAGACAUUUCCUAAAGGUUGCCUGGUAGGUGGCCAGCCCCUCUUUUGUGUUUUGCCUGUUAAAAUCAUGACAAGCAAUAAACAACCUUCACUUGGCAAAGAGAA